AUGCCAGUCCUCCUGCUCCUCCUGCCCAUCGCGCUGAGACCGACAGCACCUGGGAACCGAGCAGGCUUCGUGCAGAUGGUGCAGCCAACUACACGGCCCGGUGAUGGUGGCGCCGCGCGACCUCCGGCUGUGGCAGCGCCGGCUGGCUUUGUCGCGCCCAAGCCAAAGCCGCUCUCGAUGACCCGUCCCAAGGAGCAGCUGCCGUCGCUGAUCACCGGUGGACUUGCUCUCGCCGUCCGGCUGGCAACAGGCGUGUUCACACUCGGCUGGACGCCCAGACUGCUCACCGGCGACGACGCUGCGGCGGUCGGAGUUGAGUCUGGCACAUACGGCUUUCGCGUCGGCCCGGUCGCCUUUCGCGAUACUUCGCCGCUACUAGCGGAAGCGGUGCGGCCGGAGGAGCCGCUGGAGCGGACCGGCCGGAUGACCGUCCCGUUCCUGGUGGACCCAAACACGGGCACCGAGAUGUUCGAGAGCGACGACAUCGUCGAGUACAUGCUCUCGACCUACGGACCGCCCAGAGCCGCGUACGACCCAAAGGCUCUCUGGCCGCUGCGGGGAGGCUUCCAGGUGGCCACCGCCACGCUGGCCACGCUGCUGCGAGGCCUCGCCGGCUCGCAGCGGCAGCCGAACGCGCGGCCAGACAACGAGGCGAUGCAGCCGCUGCAGCUGUGGGGCUACGAGCCGUCGCCGUUCGUCCGCCCGGUGCGGGAGAAGCUCUGCGCGCUCUGCUUGCCGCACACUCUGGUGCCCACGGCGCGCGGCUCCGCCAACCGGGACGCGCUCGUGCGCAAGACGGGCGUCCAGUUCCAGGUGCCGUACCUGGUCGACCCAAACACGGGCGUGGAGCUCUUCGAGAGCCCCGAGAUCGUCGAGUACCUCGAGGCGGUCUACACCGUCCCGUCGCGCUGA